CAACCACCGGAGAACACCAUCUCCGGCCACCAUUUCAUCACCAUUUCCAAAUCUUCAUUGUUUAUUAUGAAACAAAAAAGUGAACAAGCAAGACUUACAGAAUUACUCCUCCUCCUCUCUCUAUCUCUCAAACCCAUGACGGAAAUCACCAACCUGAGCUCCGACGUGACGGAGCUGAUCCUCUCCUACCUCCCUAUCCCGACCCUCGUCCGAGCCUCCACCGUCUGCAAGCUCUGGCAAUCCAUCAUCUCCUCCACCACCUUCUCCGCCACGCAAACCCAAACCCAAACCCAAUCCCACCCCUGGUUCUUCCUCUACGGCAUCCACAACACCUCUUCCAAGAACAACCAGUCCUUCGCCUUCGACCCUCUCUCCAACCGCUGGCUCCGCCUCCCCACCCCCACCUUCCCUCCCCACCACUACUCCCAUUCCUGCUUCAUCGGCGCCGACGGCUUCUUCCUUAUCAUCGCCCCCAACUUCACCUACUCCAGAAUCCUCAAGCGCUCUUGGCGCUCCACCUCGCCUCUCCACUUCUCCCGCAUCAACCCUCUUCUCGGCGUUUUCGACUCCGGCUCUCUCCUCCCCAACUUCAUCGUCGUCGGCGGUGUCAGAUUCAUCGGCAACUUGGUCGACAUCGAGGACCUCUUGGUCGUCGAGAUCUACAGCCCCGACUCCGAUUCCUGGCAGCUCCGUCCUCCUCUCCCUGCUGAUUUCAGAUCCGGCAAUUCCUCCCAGUCCUUGUCAUCCGCCCUCUUCAAAGGGAGGUUCUCCGAACGUAACAAUGUUCUGUGGAGGGAGAGUUGUGUUAAUCCUUUUCAUAUGCUAGAGCGGGCUGCUAAAUGGCUGUUGGAUUAUAGAAGCUUGCGCACUCUUGGCACGCACAAGCAAGGCCAGCGUUUACAUGUUCAGAGUGGUGCUGUGUAUGGGAGAGGUAGCAGCGGUGUGCCUAGACAGGACAACCAUACUCAUAAGCAUGGCAGGCGUAGCACUCCUUGGUUUGUUCCAUCUCCGUGUAGAGUUAAAAUUAACGUUGAUGGGGCAUAUAGCCAAGACAAAGGGGUAGGUGGAGUAGGUGUGGUUAUGAAAAAUGAUAUGGGGCAGUGUCUUGCAGCCCUAUCUAAACCAUUCUCACAUGCUCAUUCAGUCAAAUAA